AGUUGUCGUAUGCUCGAUAACAGGCAUCGCGAUGCCUUUGCGUCGUAAAACGCGAACGAGUUAAAAAUAUGUAAUUCUUUACCGUUCAAUUAGAGUGAAGAAAGUCAAUAAUUUAUUACCUACCGUUAAUAGUUACAUGUUCAAUUAAAACAAGUUUAAUACGCGAAAAUCUGUGACUCGGAAUAAGGGCAAAUUGCGCAGCCAUUGUUGACCUAUAUCGGGUUAUACACCUAAUAAGAAUAACAUGACACAUAUUUCGAAGUAAUUUUGCAGGUGUUGCCAAUUAAAGCGACACACAUUUAUUGAAAGUAAGAUGGGAUAAAAUGUAAAUCAGCAUGUUUAAUUGUUUGUGGAAUUUGUGGGAUUGGUUGGAUCCCAUAAGUAUGGAAAAUAAGAAAGGGUCUUUCGCAAAUCCAAGAACUUCUCCAGCCUCAGAACCAAUCGUCAAUGAAUCAAUUCCGAAACAUGCACAUCAACACAAUACCCCGCCGCAACAUUUACGCUUAUUACAGUACGGAUUAAAAAUACCAAAUCACCAGCAUACUCAAAUAAAUCCAUCAUCUCAUCAACAUCAACCAUCUCCAAUAACACCGCAACCUCAUUUACACCACCACCGGUCUCAAUCGCCAUAUCAAAAACAUGAAACCAACACACCCAACAUAAUUCAAAAUCAGUUAUUUCAUCAAAUUCACGCUCAUCAGUACCCACAAAAGCAGGAGAAUCAACAGGGCCACUAUCAUUAUCAAACCACAAAUCCGUCGCCGUACGCACACCAGCACAACGUAAAUCAGCUACACCAACAAAAUGCACAAAUAUGGGUACCUCAUCAACCACCAACGCACUACCACCCUCAACAGCAACAACAAGCGCAAAAAUCUGAACCGCAAACUCCCAUUCAAAGUUCUAGCCCAACAUCACCACAAUCCAAGCAGAAACAUCUCGAACGCAAAAAAGUGUUGGGGGGUGCCACGCAAAGCAACCGAUUUCCUUCGGUGAAACGACCAACAGAGGCCCCAGUCACUAUCCAAGGAUGGUUACACAAACAGGGCUCCGAAGGUCUAAUGCUGUGGAAAAAGAGGUGGUUUGUCCUGUCUGAGUACUGCUUAUUUUAUUAUAAAGGACCUGGCGAAGAGAAACUACUGGGUUCAAUCCUUUUGCCUUCGUACAAAGUUUCAAUUUGCGGACCCGAAGAUAAAGUCAAUAGGAAGUAUGCCUUCAAAUGCGAACAUGCCAAUAUGCGAACAUACUUACUUGCUGCCGACACACAAGAACUUAUGAUGCAAUGGGUACGAGUCUUAAACAUGGCUUCUCUUCUACAAAAUACUAACGAUACUGAAGCUCACAGUCAACCAUCAAUCCCGUCACAACCAACAGAAACUACUAUCAUAAAGCAACAAGUUCCAAAUUUAAGAAACACUCCGACUCACAUACAUUCAUCUAGCAACACUACUGAUUUAAGUAAUCCCAGCCAGCAAGAACUAAACCAGUAUUCUCAACCCCUCUAUGCAAAUGCUCCUCCUAAACCUAGGCGUCUGACUGAUGGAUAUUCUUCUCCGAGCUUAGAAUUGUUAGACAGGUUUUCUGGCGAAACGACUAAAUACGUAGGUGUACAGAAAGGGCAACAGUACAAUGUUCAACCUAUUUAUAUGACGUUGAGUAACUCUAGCUCCAAAUCACCUAUUAACCUUUAUGGAAAUCCUCAAUUACACCCUGAAUAUAUAUCUAGAACCAUUCAGCACCAAAUGUAUAAUAAGCAUUUGCAUAUACCUGACCAUGCAGCUGUACACUUGAGAGAGAACCAUAAUGUGGAGCGUAGAACACCUGAUACGUAUGGUCGAUCGAAGCUAAACCAAACUAAAAGUAUUCACGUGUCAGAUUACGAAGAUAUUUAUACAGACCAAUCAAUGUACAAACGUCCUCUAAGUCCUAUAGCUUAUACAACUACAAAUAAUAAUAGGUUAAAUCCUAGUCUAUCUGUACCUGCCGUAAGACCCUACACUCCCAUAAAUAUACAUGGUCCAAAAACCAACCUACCGUAUGUACCUCACCAGCAACUUCAACAGAAAGUUCCCAAUACCAUACCGAGGCCGCACAGCGCCGAUUUUCUGGAGUAUGAGGUGAAGUACGACAACCAAAACCCUAUCGCCCGAAGAGCGAGGCCCAAAUCGAGUCUUGAUAUUAACCGACACGCAACAAACGACAAUUACUUCUAUACGGAAGAGGGUUAUGCGGAAAAAAUGAGAAAGUCGGCCCAAUAUUUGCCAAAGAUGGCCAAUGUUACAGGCCCGCAAAAUGAAUAUCAAAAGUGGCACCCGACUUACAACAAGAACGAAUCCGAGUUUCCCCCUCAUCAUUCGACUAGCCGGCCCAUAAAUUUUAAUGAAGUUAACCAAGAUUUUUGCCAAAGAGAACUUCAGCCGGUUCGAAGUCGAAGUGUGUUAAGCGAUGGAUCUCUGUGUAAGGAGGUGGAUAUGGCGAUGGAUCCUGGUGUUCGUGAACACUAUGAGAAGGAACCUGUUAGUCCCGCAUUCCAUAGUCGGCAUGAGGUGUUUGGACAUUUGGAUGAUAUGCACAGAUCCAGAGAUUAUGAGCAAUUCACCAGGUCCGCGAGUGCCCGAUUGGCGCAAUCUAACGGGCAGAUUGAAGAAAAGUUAUUAAAUCGAGAGGGAAAGAGGAAGAGAGAAGAAUCAAUGAAGCGUUUAUUAGAAUGGAAACAGAGAAUGCUUCAAUCUCCAUUGAAUAGGAAAGUCAAUCAGAGUGUAGGCAAACCUGCAAGUGAUAAGUGUAAUGUUUACUACAGAACGAAUGAAAAUGGAUAUCCAUCAUCAAACGUCGAUAUGUAUUCGGAGAAUAGAAAUCCCGCCCCCCAGUACAACAGUUACUCAUCAGACGAUGAAGAAAAUGAGGAUGGAAGCAACGAAAAUGUGCAAACACAGGCAGGACGGACCACGGACACAUAUUCGACCCUUUCCAGACCUCACAUUUCUGCACCUAAAGCUUCUACCACUGUGCUUAAUUCUAUGUAUGAAACUGACGAUCGGUUAGAAGGCAGUAUGCACGAUGCUAUCAUCAAAAGACUGCCUCUUGUGUGUCUUCAUUCCGAAAAAGACAAUUCGGCAUCAUUGCCAAACCUUGAAAUGAUGGAAAAACCUCUUAAAGUUGAAACUAUAACCCCCACCCAUACAGCGCAUGUCGCAAGUUUACGCGUUGACUCCACAGACAUAUAUGGCAAGGAGAUUGCUACCGUCGAAGUAAAGAAUAAUGGCAUUACCGUUCAAAAUAUCCUGGGCGAUUUCCAUCAAAUGAAGGCAGAAGGUACCGAAACAGUAGAAGAAAAUUAUAUGACGAUGACACCGAGGAAGAGCGUUUUGGAACCGUCGGAAACCAGCUCAAUUUUAUCUAUGGUUUUAAGUACAGAUGCCGAUGACAACUUAUAUGUCGAAAUGACCCAAGGUUCUGACAUUUCUCUAUUAAAACCCGGGGAAAGUCUUUCAGAUACUAAUGAUAACCAGCCGUAUGAGACCUUAUGUUUUAAUGACGGAAAAGCUGAACCUGUGUAUGCUGAACUGAACCAGUUUGACUAUAGAAAGCCAGAUUUACCCGACAUCCUUAUGGCAUCGCAAAAUAAAGGCACAGCUGAUAAAUCUGAUAGUUCGGACGCUGAUGAUGAGGCGUCGAAGGAUCUAGACUCUCUAGACACUUUGUAUAAUCCACGGUUUAGCCUAUCGGAUUCGUUUAGACCAGCUUCUUACUACCUGGGCGCAAGUCAAACUGCUCCUGAGUUACAGGAUAGCUCCGACAGCGAACUAGUUUCACCACCUCCCAUACCGACAUCACCACCCCCAAUGGAUGACUUAGACAACAUGGACGAAACGGUUUCAAGUAGCAUGGCAGUAAGUCUCAGUUCUCAAGAGGGAAAAGACGACUUGUUCCAUUUUAAGUUGACCAAUAGCAAAACUUUGGAGGACGUUGAAUUAAGAAGCACUUCUGAUUAUGAACGCAUGCUAAAACGGCGCCCCGUUUCAGAGGAAGUUUAUUACGAGUUGGAGCCUAUAGACUCGAAAUUGCCAGACAGUUUUGACUUAGACCAUUAUUUGCGCAAUCUUGAAGUUAAUAAUGUCCCUAACGAAACGAAAUUGGCCGACAUUCACAACUAUGAAAACAUGUUUGUACAAAAACAAGUACUAGCGAGUAGUCAAAAUUCUAGCAGCAUAGAAACAUUGUCCCCGUCAACUUUGCAUUCUCACAGCAGAGACAAUAGCAGAGACACGGCUAGCAGUCAAAUAACAACAAGCAGUCGAAGAUCUACAUUUUCUCCAAAUGAUUUUAUAUUGAGAGCACAACCGAGCAGUAGUACGUCGAUUAUUGAUGAAGUUAGUGGAUAUCUUAGUAGUUCAAGUCCAUAUUUGACUCCAGUUGCCUCGGAAAGUACGCCAACUCUUCCGGAAAUAACGUCCAACUCGUUCUAUUUAUUUGGAAAUAAAUCCAAACCGUUCAUCUCUCACUCUGCUCCGUACUACUAUUCCGAUUUAUCUAUUAACACGUCUCGUACAGACAGCAGCUCAUCGAUUUUGACUCUCAACAAUCAAAGAUCGUCGGCUACCGGAAGUAAGCGGGAUAUUAUGCAUAUAAUUAAUCCUAUUCGUUGUAAUAACCACUUGAGGAAAACUACAUAUGUACAGCAUCCAAAUGUUUUUGACACAAGGUGUAAACUUGCAGCCGAGGCGCGCUCUGCGUCCGUAGAUUUUUUGAACAUAGCCGAUAAGUCGGGAAAUAUAGAUAAGAAGAAUAUUUACGAAUCUGACACAUUAAAAAGGCUAAAAGCGGCCAACAUGUCGGUGAGUUUACAACAAAAAUCUGCUAAUGUGUACUUUGGUUCACGCUCAGAAAAGUUUAACGAAUCAAAUGUGAGAAGGUCCUACUCUUUUGAGGGUCUUUUAGAAAACGUGUUGAGUCAAAGUGUUGUAGUUCCGCAAGAGUUCAGAGACAUCGCACAACAAAAUGACCCUAUUGGCUGUGAGACUACAUGCGAAACUACAGAAGGAAGUCAUUUGUGGGAGGAGGAUUCUCUUUGGAGGGAGCAGCUACGUUCCGCCAGUCAACGUCAUACAAGGUCAUUAGAUGAUUUAGAUUGCAUAAGGGAGUUCGAUAAAAGACCAAAGAAGCAGACGCGGGGAAUAACCCGAUUAGUUACGUACGUUAAUGAUAACAUGUUUAAUAUGCCUUUUCAAGACAAGCGUAGUAUAGAAUUGGAAGUGAAGAAAGAAGAAAACAGUAAGAAUAGCAUUUUUAUUAUUGAUAGGGAAAAAUUAAGGCAGUGGGACUUUUUAUCUAGUGCACCUUCUGAUGCUCAAUCAUUCGCACAAUCACCUAGUCAGGGUUAUACUAACACAGUGGUAGACUUGGGUGCAGGUGUGAGUGCUUAUGAAGCAUCUGAACAAAACACCGUGCAGAAUUCAGCAUCUGGAUCCAUUUCUAUAACUGCAAGGGACACAUUUCCUAGAUCUGUUCCAACAAAGAAAGUAUGGACUCCCAAUUUAAGGCCUACUCAGUCCAAAUCAAUAACAAACUUAGCCAAUAAGAGUUACGAAAGCGAAUAUGGGAUCUCUCACAGACCGCAACAAGGAACGUGCUACGUACCUCCAGUUACUAGUCACCCUGACAUAAGCUCCGACACUUCUCAAUCCAGUAAUUCGCGCAGAGCAAACUGCCAGUCGGGGGACAAAAUGAACAUGUCAGCCGGUGAUCUUUUAGGAAGAACGCACGAAGAGCUUGUAUUGCUUUUGAUUCAAUUACGGCGACAAAGUGCGAAUAAUUGUAAAUCAAUUGAAGCGUGUUAUAAUGACAUUGAUAAUAUUCAGGCAAGGUUACCCCAAAUGGACGCUUCAAAGAGAUUAGAAAAUCUUCAAAAAUUGGAGCAAAUAAAGCAACAUUUAUUGGAAUUAGAAAAACAGUAUGAGAAAGGCAAGCCGUUAGUAAAUUUAGUGGAUAAUAUGGUGAAGUUGGGGUCACUCUACAGGUUUCCAAAGGACAACAAUAAUCUACCAUUCAUGAAAGAUCGUUUGGAGUUCAACCAAUAUAUACAAGAACGGCGCUUGUUGGCGGAAGAACGAAGAGACUGGAACCGUUUGAGCCCGAGCCAAUCUGAACUGCAAACGAAAGUGAAACAACUGUAUCAGUUAGAUCGGCUCAUUCAAGAAGAAUCAGAAACGCUUCAAUCGCUCCAGCAUGACAAAGAGGAAAUAGAAAGAACCUUGGGUGGACUUCGUCAUAGGUUAAUUAAGGGAUUUAAAGAUCCCAUCGAAGUGGAGCAGGCGAGGAAGCAACAAAUUGUGCUUGAAAAUGAAUUAAGUAGGGUUCAUUCAAUGCUGGCGCAAAAUUCGAGGAAACUCGAAGAGACCGUUGCAGGAAAUGCUAGGCUCGAACAAGAAUUACUAGUGCUGAAACAAAAACUUCAACUGUCAAAGCAGCAGCGAAGUUCUCCGCAAAUUUCGAAUGCAGGCGAUAGUUUGCCAUGUGUAAUUGGAACAAGUGCCAUGUUAGAAUCUGAUCUUCAUAGAGUGCAACAAAAGGUUGGAGACCUUCAACGUCAAAGACAAGAAUUAAGUGUGCAAGUCAGGCAGCUUACGGAUCGUUCAAAUAGUUUACAACAGUUACGAAUUUCAACAAAUUUACCUCAACAAGCAAACCAGGGAAACAAAAAGAAAGUCAACUUGCUAUGGCGUGAAACAGAUUUGGACACUAUGAAAUCUUUUGAUCAUGGCGAAUCAUGUGAUUCGUCAGUUACAUCUAAUAGUAUCACACCCCUGUAUAUUAAUACGAAUCUUAAACAAAACGUAGAAUCAGAUUUCUCUACAAGUAGUUAUAAAUCAAAUGAUUCGACAAGCGAUGAAAAUCAAAAUCAAAACCUUUUUCCCCAAGAAAAGCAAGAAAUCAAAACAGUUAGGAUUGUGAAACGUGAAUCGGAACGACGGCAAAGGGACCGAGAAAAGGUUUGCACCGGAAAAUGGGACAUCGUAAAUGAAGAAGAGGAUUCUUCUCAAAGUUCGAGUACAAUUUUUAGACCGACUUCAAUCCAAAAAACACAAAGUAGUGCCACCUUAGAGAGAUUAGAUUCAGAUCAGUCAACUAGCGGUGUUUUGAGCAGACAAAGUUCUCUCUCCCAACCGAGCCUACCACAACUACCGUCUGAUAUUAGGAGCCCCCUAAAUGUGAGCGCAGAUAAAUUAUCCGAGCUUUCUCCCAUUUUUAAAAGCGAAUCCGCCAAACAAAUAAUAAUGGAAAUGGCCACGCAAGACACUGUGAAACAUUCAAAUAGACGAAUCGUGCCUAAAGAAAAACGGAGGCACUAUACCGCUCCCCAUAAUAAUUUAUUAAUGAAAAGUUUAAAUCAUUUACCAACAGAUAAUAAAGAUUUUGAUAGUUUAAAUAUUAGGCGAGCUCGAGAUGAUUUGGACAUGGAAAGAGCACUACGACAACGAAUCGACGCACCUGAUGUAGUUCGUUCUACGCUUAGUAAUAAGGAAUUAAAGUACAAUGAAAGCACGAUUGAUAAUAUUUUAGGGACACCUAAUAAAAUUAUUAUACCAGAAAGGUAUGUUCCUGAACAAUUGCCUCAAUUAACUGCUGAAGAACAGCAGUACAGGCUACGAAAAGUGGAGUCAAUUAAAAAAAUGCUUUCCGAUACGACAAUUAUUAGCGGUAGCUCACCUAAUUUAGCGGCGGAGGAGACCAAUUCCGAACACUCUUCUAGCAGUGCAACUAAUAAAACUUCGAAAAUCAUAGAGGAGAAGAAACAGCGAGAGCAUCUUCUGCAACUUAAUCAGAUUCUAGCCAAGCAAGUCAUGGAAAUGAGUAAAAUUGUCGCAGGUUCCAACACACCCGGAGAAUAGUAGUUGAUUUGCAGUUUGCUUUUAGUUUAAGUAAAAGCAUUAGCCACAUUGCCAUUAGAGUCUGGACAGAUAAGCUCGGAAGAAGAUCUUUCGCCAGAUGUACCUUUGCCUAUUUAUCAACAACGUGAUAAUUUUUACAGUUAAUGAUAUUUAUUGUAAAUUUUUGUACUUUUUAGUAGUUGUGUUCACGUUUGGCCUAUCGUACAUUUUUUGAAAAUAGCUUAUAUAAACAGUAUUAUGACAAGUUAUGGGUAUUUGAUAUAGAUUUAAAAAUGUACGAAAUGAACUGAGUGCCAGACAAUAAAUUUUACACAUAAGUUGUAAAUAUGGUUUCAUUUGUAAAGUGUAAUGUUAUUUAGUUUUUUGAAUUUUUAAACCUUUUUUAAAUUUUCUAUAAUGUAAUUGCUCAAAAGUUACUCAAAGUGUUUUGUAUAUAGUGUUCAAUUAAUUUAUAGAUGUAUAAGACAACGGUGAAGGUUUUUUAACAAGUUCACAUAUUAAACGAAACACCAUAUUAUAUAUCCGUUUUGCAAAUUAACAUUACAGUGUAUUAUAUAAACAAAUAUUAAAAUUUAUCCUUUAUUCGCUCAUUUUUUAAAACAUUGUGGAUUGUUAUGUUAAAUCUAUAUUAUAAUGUGAAUAAUAACAAUGUAAAUUUCUUGAUCUAUUCCUGUUUAUGAAUAAAAUUUCCUUAUGAUUUA